UGGUGGUGGAAGGACAGGAGUGAGUCUCCAGUCUGAAUCUGGCCAUGGAGUCGACUAGAGGAGCCAUCUUGGUUGUUUUUCUGCUGGUGGCAUGUUCCUCAUCCAAUGCCAAAGUUGAAGAGGAGAACCCAGAGUUCUGGCGGACACAGGCCCGGAAGACGCUGCAGGAAGCUUUGGACAGGAAGCUCAACACCAACGUUGCCAAGAACAUCCUGUUCUUCCUCGGAGAUGGAAUGGGGAUCACAACCUUUACAGCAGCUCGUAUUCUCAAGGGUCAACUGCAGAACCAGACAGGAGAAGAGACUGUGAUGACCAUGGACACAUUCCCAAAUGUGGGAUUGGUUAAGACCUAUAGUGUGGACUUUCAGAUUCCUGACAGUGCAGCCACAGGUACGGCUUACCUGUGUGGAGUGAAAACCAACCUCAACACCAUCGGAGUGAGUGCAGCUGCACGCAACGGAGCAUGCAAGACUCAGAAGGGCAAGGAGGUCACAUCUAUUCUGAAAUGGGCCAAAGACGCAGGUAAGUCUGUUGGUAUUGUCACAACCACACGGGUGCAACACGCUACUCCAGCUGCCAGCUAUGCCCACAGUGUCAGUAGGAAGUGGUACAGUGACGCUGACAUGCCUGAUGCUGCCAAGAGGGACGGAUGCACUGACAUCUCCUCCCAGCUUCUCAAAAAUACUGACAUUGAUGUGAUCAUCGGUGGUGGCAGAAAGUACAUGACGCCCAGAGGCACCAAGGACCCAGAAUAUCCCAGAGAUUUCUCUUCUCGAGGCAAGAGGAAGGAUGGACACAAUCUCAUCAAUGAGUGGAAGAAGAUGAAAAUGGGAAAGGUAGCGCACUAUGUGUGGAAUAAAACAGAUUUUGAUGCUGUUGACCCGGAAAAAACAGAUUACCUGAUGGCUCUGUUUGAACCUGGUGAUCUGCGCUUCGAGGUGGAAAGGGACCCAAGCAUGGACCCCUCCAUUGUUGAGACCACAGAAAAGGCCCUCCGCAUUCUCCAGAAGAAUCCUAACGGCUUCUUCCUGCUAGUAGAGGGUGGGCGUAUUGACCAGGCUCACCAUGAUGGUCGGGCUUACAUGGCCCUGCAUGAGGCGGUUGCCUUGGACAACGCCAUCGCCAAAGGCCUUGAACUCACCAAAGAGCAUGAAACUCUCACUGUCGUGAUGGCUGACCACUCCCACACUCUUACCCUCAAUGGAUUCCCCUUCCGAGGACAAAGCAUUCUGGGUAAAUCCCCGCUGUGGGCUACAGACAUACAGCCUUACACCAUCCUGAUGUACGGUAAUGGACCUGGACACAAACUCAUCAACGGCUCGCGCCCUGAUCUCCGCAAUGUCAACACAAAAACUAAAGACUAUGUCCAGCUGGCGGCAGUGCCCACAGAGUCGGCCACCCACAGUGGAGAGGAUGUGGCAGUGCUGGCCCGUGGACCCAUGGCUCACAUUUUCCAGGGCGUCAAUGAGCAAAACUAUGUCGCCCACGCCAUGGCCUACGCUGCCUGUGUGGGCACUGACCAGAGGCAUUGCCAGGGCCAAAAUGUAGUCGGAGCUACCACACCUGGUGAAAAUAUGGCCGUUCAGGUUCAUAGCUCAGUCGUUCUGGUCACUAGCCUCCUCACUUGUCUGGUGGUUCAAGUGAUGCUGAUGUAAGCUUCUGUUCAUCUGCAAAUCCUAAUGAUCUCACACCACAUGAGACAUUUAAGACGCGUAAGCCCUCUCUUAUUCAAAACAUGACGACCAGCAGGGACACAAGUAACAAUGGAUUUAGCCACUUAACAAAGAGCUGGCUUCAUAACUUUUACAGUGGUGUAUCCUCUGAAUAUGUUUGCUGUUUAUAAACAUGAUUAAUAUAUAAAAUAUUCAUGAUAGCUUUGAUGUCAACUCAGAUUGUAGUCACAGUUGGAAUACAAUGUGAAAACAUUAGUGCUGUCAGUUAAAUGCAACGCCACUUUUCUAUGUUGAUGAAAGCAUUAAAAUGAGAAAAAAUAAUGGGACAAAAAGAAAUCAAGGGACAUUUCGAAUAGAUUUAAAUGUGCCAUUAAUUGGGAGUUAACCACUGUAUGACAUUAAUGCGAUUAAUCGUGAUUAAAUAUUUAAAUUGUUUGGCAGCACUAGAAAGCAUAAUUUAGUGUCAUCCAGAAGGAAACUGACAUUUCUCUCUUCUACACCAAAGACCAUAGAGAAAAUCACAGUGUUUGGCUAACAGAUAUUUGGGAGCUGAUGUUCUAUACUGCUGCCAUAUGUGGUAAGUUUGUGGGACAUAAGUAAAUAAGAAAGGAUUUGAAACCCUGAAGUCAUGAAAUUACUUAUUUUAACUUGUUGGUGGAGGCAGCAGUGGAUCAACAUCUCAUGUGUGCCAUGAUGUAAAAUCACUGAUUUUCUCCAUGGACCUUGGUGUGGGAAGUGAGUAGUUUACUAAGUGACACAAACUUCAGUUUCCUUCUCGUGGUGGAUAAAAUGGUGUACAAUUUUCUAAAGAUAUCAUAGGUGAUCAUUUUAUUAGAUGAACCUCUCGUUAAGCUGCUAAAAUCCAUGUUUUCAGUGAGAGUGAGCAUCCGUGUCUUGAGCUUAACGAUGUGUCAGUAGUACCGAAUACAACAUGUCAUAAAACCUUAACUAGGCUUUAAGGAGUUUCCCAGACGUCCAAUACAAAGAAUCAUUAUGUUAUGCUGUGAAUGAGGAUGGGCAUUAAAGGUUUUGGAAUAAAAAUCUAUUGAAUGACAA